AUGCCACUAAUAGUGGCAGCAAUCACUCAUGCGUUGCUUAUACUCUCCUUGAAAGGAAAUCUUUUGAUGGCGUGUGCAUUUCCCUCGUCCAAGCUUCUUUCAUUGGGUUUGUUGCAGUCGAAUCCAAUCGUGCGCUCGACAUCAAAUUGUUUCGACCCACCCAGCAAAAUACGCAAUUUUGAGCUUUCGUCCUUCAUAUCAGAUGGUGCCAUGGAACAGGAUCUCCUGUCCUAUCUUCCGAAGCGAGGACAAGCUGUGCCACCCGAUUUUCUCCAGCUGAUUCGAGGCGCGACAACCCGAUAUAGCAACCCAUCAUCUUUUGCUAAGGGCGAAAGCUUGUGUGGAAUAACACAUAUUAUGGAUGUGAUUGACUUUGAAUACAAGGUUUCACCCAAUCCGCCCAUCGCCAUUCGAAAUGUGACGUAUACAAACCAACGAAUAUUGACUAAGCUUCUUUCUGUGUGCCUUUUCCAUCAACUGCCGGCUCCAAUUGUUUGCGAAGUUUUGAAGGAAUAUGAUGUCCGGAAUGAAAAAAGCAGUAACAACAAUGAUGUCACUAACGUAGAGGAAGAGGAUUGUUUUCGAACUUGUCUGCAAGCCCUGAAAGAAGACGGAUGGAGAGCAAUUGCUUUCCCCGAAGGCAUGCGAGUUCAGGUGCGACCCGGCCAAGUAUGCUCAGCUUGGAAGGAUGAUUUACCAUCGCGAAAAGUCACUCCAGAAAUGGCGGUUGCCUUGUUGGAGAAGGCGCACGUUGCCAACAAUCCUCCACCGCCCACAUCCCUACCUUCUGACACUGAUACUUCUACACGGCAAACAGAUACACCCAUUAAAAAAUACAAACUUGUGGGUCCCUCCUUCCCCAGAGACAGGGUGACGCUUGCAAGCAAAAUCAAAACCCGGAUCACCACGAUACUUUCCAAAGUGCGAUCCAAAACGCAAAAGCUGACCGAGAAACUCAAUCAGGCGGGAAGAGCUGGUUUCCUGGCCUAUGGUUUCUUGAAUUUCGCACUCUACGCGGGUGGUACUCUUCUCCAAUGGCAUCAUAUUUCGAUUUCUGGACCACCCACAAUAUCCAGCCAAUUACAAAAGUUGGGGAAAGCCUUGGGUACGGUCUACGUGGGUUCUCAAGUGACCAAACUACCCCGCAUUGCUCUUGCCGUGGCCUUGGCACCCGUAGGCAAUCGAUCCCUGGAUUGGUUGCACGAGAAGCUAGGUGUAUCCGAAGGGACAGCCUUUGGAAUUUUGACUGCUGCCUUGAUUGGGUCGUUUUUGGCUGUGGUCGGGAUUUUGAUAGUUGGAUCGGCUCUCUUGGAGUAA